AUGACCUCGACAGUCGCCUUUCCGUCCGUCUCGACACCAUCAGUCCGAACAUCGGCGACGUCCAUGUCCCUUCUGUCGAUACACGCCACCGCAGUCGAGAUCUCACACUCUGUCUACGGGGACAAGCCAUCCUCUGCGGACGCCAUUGAGCGAUUUUACGAGCCACACGCAGCUAACUUCACACAGUGUAAGGAUAAAUGCCUUCUGAAUCUCGCAAUGAACUCAUACACCCGAUACAGCUAUGAAAAUCCCUUCGUUACAGCGACUUCGCGAUCAAUCAUCGAGGACAUAUAUACCCUAUCCGAGAGACUGGGCAAUCUUACCGUCCCUCGACCUUUAGCAAUGCUUUUGACUAUCCUUCGCCUAUCGGAGAGCAACGCCGGCAUUCUACUACGUGCUACCCGGUCUUGGACCGACAUUGGCGACCUUUGCGAGAGUGAAAGCUUCGACGGAACGCGUAAAAUCAUCAUCGAACAUACCUUUAAUCUUCUUCUGCUACCCGGUAUCCAUCGCGACGGACCUCAUGCAGUCAGGCUGCAUACUUCCAGCGACUUGAUAUCGCCCUCCGAGGUCACACAUUCGAGAGGACCUUCAUUACAGCACCCAUCCCUUCCCGUUCCCGGCACUUCACUCGCCGUGCCCUCUCCGCUUCACCUCAAACUACCUAUAAUAACUCGCCUCACCUUCAACGAACAAGGACGCAUUACACAUCAUCGUGACUACUGGGAUGUCAAGGACCUUCUUGGCUUAGUCCCCGGCGUCUCGCUCACGCAAUGGGUCAGCUCACGACUAGCAGCACAAGGUCUUGCGCUAGCCGCGCGGAUGCUCAGCAGAGGUACCAGCCCAGCUUCGGCGCGCACCGUUGACUUGGAAAGUGGCCCCAGCGAGCCAGGGCCGGACAAACCAGUCAAGCGCUGA